AUGACAAACAUGUUGGAGAAAAAGUUUGUUAAUAACGAAUUAGGAAUCGAAAUUAAUUCUUAUAUUGACAAACAGCAAAAUGUUUGGUUUCGUGGAAAGGAUGUUGCUGAGAUUCUUGGAUUUAAGGAUAGUGUAAAUGCUUUAAAGAGACAUGUAUCAUUAGAAAACAAAAUGAUACAACUUAUACAACCAAAAACUAGGGGUGGCGUUUCGCCACCUCAACAAAAUGAAACUAGGGGUGGCGUUUCGCCACCUCAACAAAAUGAAACUAGGGGUGGCGUUUCGCCACCUCAACAAAAUGAAACUAGGGGUGGCGUUUCGCCACCUCAACAAAAUGACACCAAAGUAAAAUGUUGCCCCGGUAAAACGGCGGGUCAACAAAGUAAAAGUGUUGGGGGUGUUAAAACGACUCCUCAACAAAGUAAAAGUGUUGGGGGCCCUGAAACAGGGCGUCAACAAAAUGUUGUAAAAAGUAGGGGUCGUGAAACGCGACCCCAACAAAAUGACACCAGAGGAAAAUAUUGUACAUUUAUAAAUGAACCCGGAUUUUACGAACUUGUAUUUGGUUCUAAAUUAGAAACUGCUAAAAAGUUUCGUCAGUGGGUAUUUAAUACGGUUCUUCCAUCUAUCCGUAAA